ACCUCCUCAUGCUCGUCGCUCCCAUGGUCUCGGCGAUCGAGCUUACAAUCCCGCUCGUUGCGCCCUCGGGUGCAGCAUCAGUUAAGGGCAACCUCGUUUCACUUUCAAUCGAGCAAGAUAGAUGGGUCGAUUGGGCAGGGACGACAGAACCGAACACGUUUUUCAACAACGUCCUUGAUAACUUGGUCCAAAUCACCAACACUCCUCCGUUUGUGAGAAUAGGUGCUGACUCAGAGGACCACACUGACUUCAGCUAUGAUAUCGAAUACGAAGAAGAUAUUUUCCCUGCUUCGACCGCCAUCACGCCAUAUCCAGAAGCCACUAAUAUCACUGUUGGGCAAGGCUUCUAUGACAUCAUCUCUCAUCUCCCACAGGGGACGCAGGUUCACUGGGGCGUCAACCUGAGGGAGUACAAUCUUACGGCAGCCAACCUCGAAACUGUUGCGCUUAUGAACGCAUUUUCCUCCCCUGCUGUAGUAGAGAAAGGCAUCACGCUGAAGUUCAUCGAGGUCGGUAACGAGGCUGAUCUCUACUACGACAAUGGUGGUCGUAACAGCAGCUGGAAUGUACAAGAAUAUGUCUCUGAGUGGGAGAAAUUUGCGUAUAACGUGUCGAUGACAGCCAACCUCUCCAACACAUCAUAUACAAAAUUGAUCGGCGCUGCAUUCGCUGGAUCUUCUCACAACAACCUUAGUGGCUUCUCUCCUCAAGCUAUAUUCAACCUUGGCAUCCUUGAAUCCCCUGCAGGCGAGCUAAUCGAGACCAUUUCGCAACACCAGUACAGUGGCUCGUUCUGUACUGGCGGCGGAGCCGUGCUGCAGGAUUUGAUGACCAAGAGCUAUAUCCGCGGUAAUCUCUCCGUGUUCAACCCCGAUAUUGAGGCAACCUUUGCCAAUGGUCUAAACUAUAUCCUCGGGGAGACAAAUAGUAUGAGUUGCCACGGUGCACCUGAUGUCAGCAAUACAGCUGGCGCUGCCCUCUGGUUACUCGACUACUCUUUGUAUGCCACACAAAUUGGUAUCAGUCGCAUACACUUCCACGAGGGCAUUGGCUACAAGUACAAUUUGAUCCAGCCCGUGACGCUUAACUACUCAAUCCUCGAUGGCUCUCCCAUUGCACCACUGGCACCACACAUACAACCACCGUACUACGCCGCUAUCAUCGCCGCAGAGGCUAUCGGGACAUCUGGAACUACGCAAGCAGUCGAAAUUGUCAUCGACGAGAAUGAUGUGUCAGGCUAUGCAUUUUACGAAAACGGUGUCCUCUCGAAGGCCGUGCUCAUAAACACGAUCGCAUACUUUGUUGGCGCUGGUGAGAGGAACUCGACUCACAUCGAUUUUUCUUUCACUGGUUCCGGAAAUACUGCAAAGGAGAUGAGUGUGAAGACGCUGAAAAUUGGGUAUGCAACAGAUACCACUAAUCUGACCUGGGGAGGUCAGACAUAUGAGACUAGCGAUGGUAGAGUUAGCGGGCACCUGACUGUCGACAUAUUACCUGUCAGCUCUGGAGUGGACUUGCAAGAGACGGAAGCGAUCCUCGUCACGUUUCUUUGACGUGGAUGG